AUGGCUGGGGUAUAUACAAUGGAGCUCAAGCAGCAAUUGUUAACUUACUCGAUAGCCACCAAUACAUUUCCAUCGGCAUGGAAGAUGGCUCGUGUUACCCCCCUUUAUAGAGAUGGAGAAUGUGAUCAGAGUAAUAACUACCGACCAAUAUCAGUAUUAUCCGUAUUGUCGAAGAUUCUCGAAAAACACGUGGCCAAAUCCUUAAUGAACUAUCUUGUAAACAACAACUUAUUAUAUGAACUACAAUCCGCAUUUCGAGAAGGUCAUUCUACAGAAUCAGCGUCGAUAAAACUUACUGAUCAAAUAUUGUCAAACAUAGAUCAAGAUAAUGUUACUGGCGUCUUGUUUAUAGACUUUAAAAAGGCGUUUCACAUUGUGAACCAUUAA